AUGUUGACUGAAACCUCACCUCUUCUUCAAAAUCUUAGCGUAAAUCAAGCCAUACGAUCGGAUGAACAAAAUGCAAGGAAGAGACCUGAAAAUGAAGUAUUGAUUGAGGCUGAAAUAGAUACGGGAGAAGUCGAAGAUGCAUUUUCAUGGAGAAAAUUAUGGAAAUAUACCGGUCCCGGAUUCUUAAUGUCUAUAGCAUAUUUAGAUCCGGGUAACCUAGAAGCCGACCUUCAAUCUGGUGCAUCCGCAGGAUAUUCAUUGCUCUGGUUGCUGUUAGUUGCACAUAUUGCUGGUCAAUUAAUACAGUGUUUGUCGGCUCGAUUAGGGGUUGUUACAGGAGAACAUCUUGCACAAUUGAUUAAACAACAUUAUUCGCGUCCAGUAUCUAUUGCAUUUUGGAUAAUAACAGAAAUUGCAAUUAUCGGUUCAGAUAUUCAAGAAAUAGUUGGCACUGCGAUUGCUUUCAGAAUUAUUUUUGGAAUCCCACUUUGGGUAGGAACAUUGUUAACGGCAAUAGACACGUUCACAUUUAUGCUAUUGCAAAAUUACGGCGUAAGGAAACUUGAAGCAGUAUUCAUGGUGUUGAUUGGGACGAUGGCGACGUGUUUUUGGAUUGAAAUGUAUAUGUGCAGUCCUGACGUUGGUGAAAUAAUUAAAGGUUCCUUAAUUCCUAUUAUACCAAGGAGUGCUUAUGUACAAGCUGUAGCAAUGAUAGGCGCAUUUAUUAUGCCGCAUAAUUUAUACCUUCAUUCUGCUCUGGUGAUGACGCGUAAAACCGAUCCUUCAUCUUAUUCCAAAAUCAAAGAAUCAAACUUUUAUUUUGCCAUAGAGAGUGGAAUCGCGUUAUUUUUUUCAUAUUUAAUUAACAUGGCGAUUGUUGUGGUUUUUGCCCGAGUUUUUUAUUCACCUGACGAAGAUAAACCUUUACCAGGUUUGUUUGACGCGGCCGACGUUUUAUCAAAUACUUUAGGAGGUGCAUCCCGGUAUUUAUGGGCACUUGGUUUGUUGGCAGCUGGAAACAGUUCCACCAUAACAGGAACUUUGGCUGGGCAAUUUAUUAUUGAAGGAUUUUUUGGAAAGAUCUUUAGUAAAUCAUGGCAUCGUUUAAUCAUAACACGAUCCAUUGCCUUGGUGCCUUCUAUGCUUGUAGCUGUAUAUUCGGUAAAUGAUUUCGAUAAUAUGGGAGAAUUUUUAAAUGUUCUUCAAAGUCUUUGUCUUCCUACGGCGUUAAUUCCAUUAAUGAAACUUACUAGUUCAAAAUCCGUCAUGAGUAAAAGUUUUCAAACGAGGUAUAUUUGUGGAGGGAUUUACUUUAUUUUUAUAACUUAUAUUGCCCUUUUACCUAUAAAAGAAGAAGCAACUCUUUGA